AUGAUGCUGCCGGAGGGCCGCGGCCUGCACCCAGGCCACGGCAAGCUCCGCGGCUACGUCCGCUUCUUCAACCUCUCGACUGGUGCCUUCGUCCGCGUCAAGUCCCCCUUUUCAAGGAUCACUGCGUCCUCUACUCUGUCGACGGCAUCCUCCUGCUGCAGAGGGACCAUGACACUGCCAUCCGCCUCCUUCACCCCUUCACCGGCGAUACCGCAGAGUUCCCGCCGCUGGAGACCUCCUCUCGCGAUCGACCCACCCCAGCAGGAAGGUACGGACAUUGGCUCUUUAUCGGUGCCAUCACCAAAGUUGGUUGCAAAAUUUAAAUGGCCAACUAGCGACACAAGCUAUCUAUCGUAUUACUACCAUCUGGUAGAAUGCAACUCAGAGAUUUUGGUGAUUGGCACAAAAUGGCAUGCGGUUUGCUAUUCAGUUUACAGGCUAGCUGAUCUUAUGCUGGGAAGGACUGUCCCUCUGACAUCCAUAGAUGGCAAUGCACUCUUCAUUGGUAGGAGGUCAGUCUGUAUCAGCUCUAAGGUGUUUCCUACCAUUGUGCCUGACACCAUUGUCAUGCGCGAGUCCAAAAUUUAUCUUAGUCAAUACCACCUCAGUAGUGGCACAUUAUCACAAGCAACAGAUGGAGUAAUCGCAGAAGAAAAAGAUAUUCCAGGUCCUUAUAGCAUCAUGUGCCAUAUCAUAACCUGCUGCUCUCCUCCAUACUGGAACAAAGGGAAGAUAUUAUGUAAGGAGAUGGCGCCCAAAUGGAGGGUGAAGAAAAAGUUUCGUUAUGGGAGGACAAUUAAUCCUGCGUAG